GUGAUUUAGAUUUGAGUAAAGCUUAUUGUUCUUAGUUUUUUCAUUUAUUGUUAAUGAUAUAUUUGUUGUUCUGGUUCUCAGUUAUGGUUACAUAUUUUGCUAAAUAUUUGACGAUUUUGACAUGAAACAGUGUGAUGGAAGGGUCUUGGAUUACACUAAACCUGUUGCUGUGCCUUUUGUUUCCAUCUGUGCAAUCACAAGGAGCUGAAGGAUACUUUGAAGCAGAAGGCUAUGCUCUGCUGUCCAAUGUUAUAUAUUUAGAAGGAAGGACUUCUUUUAGUUUUCGCUCGUGUUCCCCAGGAGAACUAUUACAUCAGACUGGGCUUACUGGGGACUUCUUGAAUAUUCAGUUGUUGAACAGUGGGGCAGUGCAACUACAAUGGCAUGUGGGACAGACUACAGAUUCCAUUUUUCUCAGCUCUAACACAUUGGAUAAUAAGUGGCAUGAUGUAGAUCUUAUGAAAAAUCAGGACUCUCUUACUUUUCAUGUAGACCAAAAUUUUGUUGUGGUUGCAAACAAAACAUUCAGAAAUUAUAUUUUUUCUAUUAAUCUUUCUGGGAAUGAGCCUAGCUUAUAUAUUGGUCGAAACUACACUGGAUGUAUCCUUCAAGGUCCUGGAGUUGUGCUGAGUAAUCCGUCCAUUCAGUCCAUAUCCGUAAAUUGGGAAGGUUGUUCAUUACCUGCUACUGGAUCAUGUGAAGGGUAUGGUGUAAACCAGUGUUUUAGUCAACCAUGUCAACAUUAUAGCACGUGUAUUUAUCAUGAAAAUGUCUCCCGUUUCGAGUGCUUGUGUACACGAAGGUAUGCUGGACCAUCUUGUGAGAUUGAUUUGGGAUCAUUGUGUGAAGGUACAACAGCAAUUCAGUGUUUAAAUGGAGGGGUAUGUCAAGAAGAUGAAACAGGAGACUCAAUGUACUGUGUUUGUCAACCAGAGUUUUUUGGACAGGUCUGUGAAUCUAGAGUAGAAAACAGUGUUUGCGAAGGUGUUGUCUGUCAAAAUGGUGGAACAUGUAAAGUGAACCAUCUUAACAAUGGAUACGUAUGCAGCUGUCCAAAAGGAUUUGGUGGAGAGACUUGUCAUCUCAAUAUUGAUGAAUGCCAGUCAGCCCCUUGCCAGCACAAUGGAACUUGUACUGAUGGAAUUAAUUCAUAUACCUGUGAUUGCCAAGGAACAGGUUACCAAGGGCAGAAUUGUGAAGCUAACAUUAAUGAAUGUGAGGAAUUGAUCCCUUGUGCUGGUGGUGGUACUUGUUUUGAUCGUUAUGGGAGUUACAUCUGUGUCUGUCCACCAUACUCCCACAGCAUUGCAGGAAGUAAUGGUCACUUUUGUGUUUGUGAUGCUGGAUAUGCUGGAGCUCCACCUGUGUGUCAAAAAGUCAAUUACUGUUUGAGUUUGCCAUGUCAAUAUGGUGGAACAUGCAUUGUCCAAGAGGAUAGUUAUGUUUGUGAGUGCUUUGAAGGUUAUGGAGGACCAACUUGCAGUGACAUUGCCUGUCCAGUUGGUUACUCUGGUCCAGAAUGCUCUAUCAGUACCAACACGUGUGAGAAUAAUCCCUGUGGUAAUGGAACCUGCUUGGAGGGACAGGGUAGUUUCACCUGUGUGUGUCCCUUAGGACUUACUGGAAGAUUCUGCGAACAGGAUAUUGAUGAAUGUGCAAGUUUACCCUGCCAUCAAGGCAUUUGCCAAAAUGUGCCUGGAUCUUAUAAAUGUUACUGUGUUCCUGGUCAUACAGGCAAGAACUGUCACAUUGAAAUUAACGAGUGCCUUUCAAAUCCAUGCCAGAAUAAUGGUACUUGUGAGAACCAGGUGAAUGACUAUAGGUGCAGGUGUAUCACAGGUUUCAGUGGUCAUAAUUGUGAAAUAAAUGUGGAUGAGUGUGCUUCAGAUCCCUGUCAGAAUGGAGGCUCCUGCUUAGAUGAAAUAGGUGCUUACAGUUGUGAAUGUUUGCCAGGGUACUCUGGCAAAAAUUGUGAGGUGAACAUAGAUGAAUGUGCAUCUUCUCCUUGCCAUAACAAUGGGACAUGCAAUGAUCUGGUUAAUGGGUAUGAAUGUGAUUGUACAGACACAGGUUUUGAGGGGUCUAACUGUGAGAUGAAUAUUAAUGAUUGUUUGUCAUCUCCCUGUCAACAUGGAGGUCAGUGUGAAGAUCUUGUGAAGGAUACUUUGUGUCACUGUUAUCCAGGAUUUGAGGGGAAGAAUUGUGAGAAGGACAUUCCAGAAUGCUUGGCUUCACCUUGUAAUAACAAUGGACAGUGUUAUGAGAAGUCUAAUAUGUCUUUAUAUGAAAAUAACUUCAUGAACCUGUUUCCUUUCUUCUCUUAUGAAACAGCAGGUGGCUACCUGUGUGUGUGUAAUCCAGGAUUCACAGGAACAAACUGUGAAGUGAACAUUGAUGACUGUGCCUCUCAUUCUUGUGUUAAUGGCACUUGUUUAGAUGGUGUUAACAUGUAUACAUGCCAGUGUUUCCCUGGAUUUUCAGGGGAAUAUUGUGAAAUUGAUAACAACGAAUGUGACAGUAGCCCCUGCAGCGUAGGAUCGACCUGUGUAGAUAAAAUUAACGAUUACGAAUGUUAUUGUUUAGAAGGGUUUGGAGGUAAAAACUGUGACAUUGCACUUAUAGGAUGUAAUGAAAACCAGUGUUCCAAUGGAGCAACUUGCCUUCCUAAACUGGUCAAUGGGUUGCAUGAGUAUGAUUGUUUGUGUCCUACUGGUUUUCAUGGUGAACUCUGUAAUGUUAUUACAACAGCAUCUUUCAGGGGUACACAAAGAUGGGAACUGCCAAGAAAUAAACAUGGUGAUGUCUUUCACCUAGAACUCCAGUUCCGUACUACGUUGCCUGAUGGAGUUAUUGUGUGCAUCAACAAUGGCAGUUUGACAAUUUCCUUAGUUGGUGGAAGAAUACAACUAAUUAAAAAUGCAAGCCAAAAUUUAGUUUCAUUUGUAGAAGGUAGUUUUAAUAGUGGAAACCAAUGGGAACAAUUGUUGCUUGUUAUUACUAGAGAAAAUAUUUCACUCACUGUAUCAGGAAAAGUUCUUUUUCAGACUUUGACAGAAGCCAUGGAGACUAUAACAAAUAUUUCUUUAGGUGGUCCUCCUGAUCCUGCUGGUCAACCAAACUUUACUGGUUGUGUGCAGGAUGUUAAGAUGGACAAUGAGUUAAAGUUACCAGAUGAAACAAUAAUAGAAGUUGGAUGUCCAAGGAAAGAACAAUGUGAAUCAAACCCUUGUUUCAAUGGAGGAAUCUGUAAAGAUAGAUGGUUUAGCCACAGCUGUGAGUGUGUCCGACCUUUCUUUGGAUUUAAUUGCGAGAAAAACAUCACAUCGACAACCUUUGGUUAUAAGGGUAAAAUCAGCUGGGCUUUUCUAGAGUUUUCUGAGCAAGAGCAACGUGAAAUGAGGACAUCUUCAACAGUUAGUCUUUUUAUCCGAACUAGAAAACCUGAAGGUCUCAUUUUCUACUUGGGCUCUAAACCUAACUAUUCUCUUCAGUAUAGUACUGAAACAUUACAUAGUGAGACCUACCUAGCAGCCAUUUUAGAUAAAGGACAGUUGAGAGUGUUGGGAGCAUUUCCUCAGGAAGUUCAGUUAGAAGUUCCCAUUUCUUUAGAUGAUGGAUACUAUCAUUUUAUUGAGGUUAUAUGGGAUGGUAUCAGAUUAACCACAAAAAUUAACUCCAGUGUGAACAUCAGUGAUACCCUACUUCAAACAACUGUUAAUUACGGAUUGGAUGCUGAAAUAAUAUAUUUAGGAAGUUUACCAAAUUCUACUGUACGAGAAAAACGACAAAUUUCUGAUCAUUUGCAUGGUAAAAAAAUUACAAGCGAAACUUUCUCCGAAGUAACAAAUUUUAAAGGAAUCAUCCAGGAUGCAAGAAUAAAUGGCAAGCUGAUUCCGUUUUAUCCACAAGAAGCAUUUGAAGAAAUUGACACUGUGAUUUUGAGAACACCACAACUACAUAACUUAGAAAAAGGGGUAAAAAGUGAUGAACCUUGUGCUGACAGUCCUUGUUCAAACAAUGGCACCUGUAAAGAUAUUUGGAAUGAUUUCAUAUGCAAGUGUCAGUACCCAUUUAGAGGAAAAAUGUGUGAAAAUGUCAGUCAUUGUUAUAGCAACCCUUGUCCAGAUAAUUCAGCCAUCUGUAAUGAUCUAGAUGGAGGAUAUGAAUGUAUCACAGAAGCAGCUUUCAAUGGAAGUUGGGGGAUUAAGUAUAAGUGGAAUAUUUCAGAAGAAUCGUUAAAUAAUACAAUCAGUUUACGAUUUCGUUCCAUAAAUGAUAGUGUUCUGCUACAUAUUCAGACCGUAAAUAAUAUGUUAUUGCUACACCUAGAAAAUGGCAAGGUUUAUAUAACAUAUAAUAGUGAUAGAUCUGAUCCUCUUCCUAACUUCGUAACAGAUGGUGAAUGGCAUGAUUUGAAUAUCACUUUCACCGAGCAGAAUACGUCAGUUUCUCUUGACCUCGAAACCCUUACGGUUGAGAAAAUUAAAAAUAUCAGCUUACAGAAUAUUUUGAAUGAUGAAGGUAGUGUUUACCUGGGACAGUCUUCUAACAGAAGCUCUUUCUUCAGGGGUUGUAUGGGUGAGGUUAGAAUUGAAACUGUUUUACUGCCAUUUUUCACUCCUGAACAACUGAUCAAUAACACUAGCCCAAACCAGUUUUUUAUGGAGGAUGGUACUGAUGUAGAAAUUGGGUGUGUUCUUUGCUGGGAUCAGGACUGUUACAACAAUGGCUCAUGUAAAGACAGAAAUAACACAUACCAGUGCAACUGUAUGUAUGGAUAUAGUGGAGCCUGGUGUGAAACGACAGUUGACUUUUGCAUGCCAGAACCUUGCCGAAACAAUGGAUCGUGUACCUCAGAGGAAGGGAUUGGGUACAGAUGUAAUUGUACUGACUAUUACAAAGGAGACAAUUGUUCAGAGAAGAGAACUUGUAGAGACUUUCCAUGUAAUAACGAAGGUAACUGCAGUGACAUUGAGAAUGGUUAUGAAACGUUUGUGUGUCAUUGCAUGGAGGGUUUCACGGGAAAUACUUGCUCGUCUAAAAUCAAUUACUGCGAGAACAACCCAUGCAUUUAUGGAGAGUGUAAACUAGAUGAGGAGUUAAAUUAUAGAUGUAACUGUAGUGAUUUUUACAAAGGAAGAAACUGCAGUGUUAGAAAAGUGUGCUUGGUGGAUAAACCAUGUGACAAUGGAGGUAGUUGUACAGAGUUAAAUCCUGAGACAAAGAACUACACUUGUACUUGUACAGAAGAGUACUUAGGACCUAACUGUAGAAUUAUCAACCCCUGCUAUAAAGAUAGAGACAUUUGUAAGAAUGGUGGAACAUGUGUGCCUAACUUUGACUCUCUAAUGAUUAAUCAUUCUAAGAUUUCUUGCAACUGCUCUGGUGGCUUUGAAGGUGCUUUCUGUGAGAUAGAGAGAAAGAGUGGUCCCAACAAUUUGGUUUUGGUAAUUGUCAUAACUGUGGUGGCUAUUGUGGUUCUGUCUUUGCUAAUUGCUGUAACAGCCUUCUUGAGGAUGGCACGGAAGAAGCGAGCCACCAGAGGAACUUACAGCCCCAGCCGACAAGAAAUGUGUGGCUCUCGUGUUGAGAUGAAUCAAGUAAUGAAACCACCACCAGAAGAACGUUUGAUCUGAUUAACUGAUGUUACUGUACAUUGUCUUCCAAGGGUUAAUGUUCCACCGAGGUUGACAACAAUAAUAUCAAAAUGUGGCUUGCAAUAACGUUUGUAAAAUUUUUAUUUUCACAGUCCUAAAGUUGGUAAUGUAGUAAUCAGUGUCACUUUGUGACCUAUGAUAAAAAUGAAAAAGACCUGUUUUUGUUCAGAUGAAACUAACUUUGGUUCUUUGCUAUACAUGUUGAGAGAGAUGUUUUAAUGAUCCUUUAGUUAGUUAAUGGCAGUUGUGCUCAAUGAUCCAUAGAUUUUUCUGGUAAAUAUAUAUAUAUACAUAAAACACAGUAAAGUUCCAUACAAAGUCAAACAACCAACACAGGGGACCAGUUUUUGAACUUGUGGUGUAACAGAAGGUUUUUAGGUUGUGCUUCGUAGUACAGACCAAAGUCUUAAAAUGCAAGAGGGUGUAUGUGGUUUAUUAUUUUGCAAUAAAUCUUAUAACAGAUAUUGGAUAUUUAUGAAUUAAACAUUAGAUAUUUAUAUGUAAGUGUAUUUAGAUAUCAUGUUAUACCAAAAGGAAAUUAUGUUUUAUUGAUUUUUUUCCUCAAUACAUUCCACUGUACAGUUUCAUUUUCAUAAAAUAUAAUUCUUCAUUAUAGUGUUCUGCAAACUAAGAAUGGAAAUGCUUUAACUUGUUUCUCAAGGUUUCUUGUUACAAUUAUAAUCAAAUUUAGAAGUAUUUGUUGCAUUUGUGUCAACUGUUGAGUGUUCUCUUGUUACUAAUGCUUAAAACAUUAAACUACUGUUAGUGAGUUACUUAAUUGUAACAGAAAAAAAUCAUUUGUGAAAUGUGUACAUGUUUAAUUUUUUUGUUGAAUCUGAUCAACAAUAACAAGCAUUCCAGACAAGCCAGGGAUAAAAUAUUCCCAUGUACAUUAUAAGUGUGGCUCAUAUUUACAAUGAGUUAUUUCUUUAAUAACAUAAAUUUGGAUAUGGACCAAAUUCAUUACACUUUUGCUUCUUACCUCUAUAUUUAUACAAGUGUUUUUAUCCAUUAAAAGUCUUAAAUAUUUUGAUUUUAUAUAUUCUCUAAAUUGGAUAACUAUUAAUGCAUUAUUUAGUUGACAAUCUUGUAUUCUGAUAAUCAUAAACGUUUAUGGGAAAAAGAAGUAAAAAGUGCAAGAAUUAAAGAAUAAGGAAGUACUCUUAAGAGAUUGAUCUACUUGUAGUUAGGAAGUCAGUUUUAACCACUUGUAUGCCUCUAUGCACUGUGCCUUAGUAAUAAAAAAAGGAAAAAUGUAGAGCUUAACAAAAAUAUUUUUUGGAUUAUCUGUAUACCAUAUAAAAGUAAACAGAGAUAUUAUUGUGUUUUUACUGCUUUGAUUGUUUUUGUUUUACACUUUCUUAAAACAAGGCAAGUCUACAAAAUCAGGAAAAUCCUCUUUCUUUAAAGAUCAUGAAAUAAUGGUUCACAGCAUUUCUUAAAGUUCACAAAUGACUGAUAUUUGAUUUGACCUAACUUAAUAAUAGACUGGACUGUAAUCUGCUGAGUAGGUUUACAUAAAAGUUGAAAUUCUCAAGAAGGUCAAGUAAACUAAAAUUAUCAUAUGGAAUGCCUUGAUGAAAUGCUGUUUAACUCUUGUUGAAAUAGGGUUACAAAAAUGUAGAAAUACCAAAGUAAUAUAUAUUUUUUUCUAUCUUUCAGUGAUACAGAAUCAUGAUUGUUUUGCCAAAUCAAAAUCCUUCAGAUGUUAUUUACUUUAAAAUCACAAUCAUUGCUUUUAGCUGUAACUAGGAAUUUAAAACUAAAAGAUGUUUUAGAAUGUAGAUAAUGUAAAUCUCUUGUUUGUGGAUCAAUAUUUUGGUUGUAAGGUUGUGGGAGCAAAACUCUGUAACUAUUACAAAGGAUGCCCUUCAAUACAAUCCCUCCAUAUCUGCUGAUUAAGUAGGUUUUUAUGUAAAAAUGAAAAGUAUUUUUUACGAGGGUCAUUAUGAUGUGAGUAUAGGGAAUGUUAGGCCUAAUCGUAGCUAAAAGUUGGCCUGCCAAACUGUAAGGUGAAAUGUUUGUAUUUUUAUUUCAAAUCAUUGACUGAACUUUCUUCAAAUAGAACAAAAGUUCAAUUUACUGCCAAACUGCUGUGAAAUCUGGAAAACAUUGUCAAGUAUAAACAAAAUGAAAAAUAAUUUUAAUAUAAAUUAUGUUUACACUAUGUUAAUCUUGCGUCCAUUUUUUUUUUCGAGCUAGCUUUAGACCCUUUUUGAAAGCUACAUCCAAUAAAAAAUUUAAUUUGAGAUACGUGAUGUAAACCCAUUUUUACAUUAAAAUACUUGACCACCCAUAUUAAAUAAAGAUGGUUCUUUCAAAUGUAUAUUUUAUUUCUAUUUUGACUUCAUUAAGAAAUAAUUUACAAUGUUGGAAUAAUGACUUUAGGUUUACAUAUUUGGGUUCAGUCACUCCUUGCUCUAGCACUACACUUUUGUUUUUAAAAUGUUAAAGAGUAAGUAUUAGAACAUAUUUUUUGGCAAUAACUGUAAGAAGCCCUUGCAAUACCUUUAGCUUGUUUAGUAACAGUAAGUUCUAUGAAAAGUAAAUCAUCAAUAGAUUUAAGAAUGAAAUUAGCUUUUUCAGUAAAUUUAACUUCUAUCACAAGAAGAAUUUUAAGUAGUAAUAAUCUUAUUUAAUCUUUAAUUUUUCUGGAACAAACAAAAACAACAAGUUUUAAUAGAACUUUUGUUGAUAAUUUGCCUUACUCCACCUUUUUGGAAUACAAAAUUUUUUAUAUAGUUUUAAACUGGUAGACCAUUUGGCCCACCAUUAUGGUUUCAAAGAGAGCACUUUUUUUGACAAAAUACUUAUGUAAAGAAAUAGGUUUAUUUUGUGUUUUUUACUGAUCAGUGAUAAUCUGGCAGGGUAAUCCAAUUAGCCUUAAUAAGCUGGGGCAUCCUGACCCCAUUUUGGUGCAUAGAUAAUAGUCACUGAAUGCAAUAUACAUGUUGUUCUUUCACUGUACUGGUCCACCAAAUAUUUCUGUUUGAAAAAGAAGCUUGGGUUAAUAUUACCUUAUGAUCUUUACAUUUGUAUAACCAAUUAACAAAAAAAAGCAUGCAGGUACAUUCAAAUCUGGAAACCAAAUUGUGUGUGGACUAGUUUGGGAAAAUGUUUUAACAUAAUAGAUAUAAAAAGCUAGAAAGUGUAUUGUAUGCUAUGUAAUUUUUUAAACAGGAUUGUUUUAUUAUUAUUCUUUAAUCACAAUGGUCACGACAAUAUGUUAAUCUGAAGUUUUUUAAAAGAAAAAAAUAUUAAACUGAAUCCUACUGUACAAGUGUAUGUAUUCUCUGAUGAGUUUAAGUUCUAAAUGACAGUAAUCAGAAAUGACUGUCACUGUUAAAUUAUUUCACAAGAAUCAUGAAUUUCAUAUUUAUUUUUUUUAUAUUGCAUCUGGGCAUGUUAAGUAGGUUGCUAAGAAUUGUGUUGUUCCUAUACAAAAUUACAAUACAACUGAUGUGUUACCAAAUUUUGUGAAGAUAGGGGUAAAUGUAGGAUUCUAAUAGGUUUUUUUCAUUUGUUGUAAGUACUGGAGCAAAAUUCCAAACAACAGUUUUGACAGCUACACCAAUUGCCCAAACUUGGUUCAUACUGUAUAACUAUGGAUUUCAAGUUUCUCUAAAUACAUGGUAUUUUAUAAUGACAACUUGUAUCGUAAGAUUUUUUUUUUUAUCCGGUGUUGGAUAGAUAAAACUUAGGAAGUUUCUAUGUAAUAAUUUAAUUGUAGUUGUGUUGAGUAUUUUUUGGAAUGAAUGUUUCCAAAAAUAAGAAUUUUUGGUUAACGUAAUAGAAGUAACAAACUAGGUUAUCAUUUCUGUUUUAUUUUUGUAUCAUGAAAUUUGAAUGCAAGUAUUUUAUGGGCAGCCUGUGAAGCAGGACUUUAAGUACAGGUAGCUCCACUGUGAUUCUUUAAUAUACUUAAAAGUAUCUCUUUUUGAUGUUGACUCACAGAAGAUUAAAUCUUGCACCAUCUAGCCAAGUUCACCUCAUUGAGAAUAUGGAUACUCUGACAGACUGUAUGGAAGCUGGUAGACUAUGAAGUAUCUAAACCUCAUGCUGUUGUGUUUUUUUUCUCCCUUCAUAUGUGCAUCCUCCUACUUUAUAUAAGUAAUAUCUUGAAGUUAAUGUAAAUGCUUUUAAACCCGAAAGCUUCCAAACAUUCAUUCCUUGAUUUGAUAUAGGUAGCUCUUUCCGUCCAUUGUUCAUUAUAUCUUUUGUAUUCUAAUUCGUAUAGAGAAAUAAAUGAUAUUUUCACAGAGCUAA